CGUUAUUACACAGUCUUUGACAAACUUCCUGUUCCGCCGGAACCACAUGUUAUUUAUCACAAAUAAAAACAAAAGUAUAUUUGAUAGAAAGGGUUACUAAAAACCAGUGAAAAUGCCAAAAUCUAAAAGAGAUAAACGAGUUUCACUGACACAGACCAGAAAGAAAGGACUGGAACUGAAACAGAAACUGAUAGAAGAUAUACGUGAAAAUGUGGACAGAUAUGCCAGAAUUUUCCUCUUUUCAGUACACAACAUGAGGAACACACAUUUAAAAGAUGUCCGACAAGAUUGGAAACACAGCAGAUUUUACUUUGGGAAGAAUAAAGUUAUGUCCCUUGCAUUAGGAAGAACACAUACAGACGAGUACCGAGACAACUUACAUGAAAUUAGUAAAAAUUUAAAAGGACAAACAGGGCUGCUUUUUACUAAUAAAACUAAAGAUGAUGUUAUAGAAUACUUCAAGAAUUUCCGUGUGAGUGAUUAUGCGAGAGCUGGAGCGGUGGCCACACAAACAGUUAUAUUAGAAGAAGGCCCCUUGCCAGAAUUUUCACAUUCUAUGGAGCCUCAGUUACGGCAGUUAGGUCUGCCAACCUCACUGAAAAAAGGGGUGAUAACUCUAAACAAAGAAUACACAGUUUGUAAUCUGGAUCAGACACUUACGCCAGAGCAGGCCAGAAUAUUGAAACUGUUUGGUCAUGAGAUGGCAGAAUUUCAUGUAACAGUCGAAAGUGUAUGGUCGAACAAUGGAACUUUCCAAACAAUAGAGUCAGGAUCAGAAACGAUAUCACCGACAAAAGUUAAAGUUCGGCCCAAAAAGAAAGCUGAAGAGGAAGAAGUUAGUGACACAGAAAUGAUUGAUGAUGAUGAUGAUGAAAGUGAUGAUGAAAGUGAUGAUGAUGAAAAUGAUGAAUAAAUUUUGUGUUAGA